AUGAUGAACCAAGCGGCACCAAUUCCGUCGGUUCCGGCUCAGAUAUUCGAAGAUGUUCUGAAGAGUCCCUCCAGAACAGUCGUCCCAGUAUCACCAUUGGCUCAGAAACAUCAUGAAGUUGCUACCGCCUCCAUUCUCGAAGAUCUGUCAGCAGUGGAUCGUCUGCUAAUCACGAAGCGGCUUCGCGUCAGGAGCGUAAUCUUCCUGCGGGGGAAGAAGAAUAAAUUCUUCGUAAGAACCCCAGACAGCAACCUCGUGUUUACGGUAGAGGAAGAGAACAGCUGGUGGGUGGGCUACCUCUGCUAUGGGCUGCGGCCUAUGCAGCUGCGCGUCAUCAACAACCUUGGCCAGGAGGUGAUGAGGAUAAACCGGCCCUACGCCUGCACCGCGCGGGUGCUGCCCUGCCAGCUGCAACACCUGGAGGUGUUCUCGCCACCCGGACGCCUCAUCGGCACGAUAGAGCAGCAGUGGGCAGCCGUCAGGCCGCUGUACCUCGUGAGGAACGAAGACGGCGACGAGGUGUUCACGAUACGCGGUCCGUACGUCACGAUAAGCCUGUUCCGCGACGUUGAGUUCACCAUUAGGCGGCAGGGAGGCGAUCUGGUGGGAAACACCACCAAGAGAUGGCAAGGGCUGCUGCACGCUCUGUUCUUAGCGCCGAUCACCGACAGGUUUGGCGUGUCUUUCGACAGAUGUUUAAGCGUCGAGGAGAAGGCUCUCCUCUUAGCUGCGACACUCCUCAUCGACUACAUGUACUACGACGUG